AUGAUGAAGCUGAGCCCUUUUACGCCCACAGUACUACUAUCUCAAUCACUUGUAAACAACCAAUUUCUUAAUGUAUUGCGAAAUAAAUGUGAUGUAUGUGUGUUAGGGAAAGUGGAAGAACAUAUGUUUAACGAAAGUAGUUUUUAUAGCCUAAAAAUAUUCAGGGUUCACCACAAAAAUGUCUGUUUUCAAAAUCGGGCGUCUAGUGGUGGUGACUGUGCGCUGUUGUUUUAA